AUGGAGGGCGAAAUAAACAACUUCUUUAAGGUAUGGAUUUUAGUCUUGGCAUCUCUGUCUUAUUGCUAUGUCGUUGGAAAAACAGUCUCAAAAGGUACUAAAAGACUCAUUUUUGUGAUUCCGAUUGUGUGCCUUUUUUUAAUGCUUCCACUUAAACUCACUUCCGUAAAUCUUGGAGUUACUACUUCGUUUUUUAUUACAUGGCUUGCCAACUUCAAGCUUUUACUCUUUGCUUAUGGCAAAGGGCCUCUAGCUCUAGACCCAUCAUUGUCGUUUGGGCGUUUUCUUGUCAUUUCUUGUCUUCCCAUUGAUAUCCGAGAAAACCCAUCUCACAAAAGUCCUAAACAAAAACGACAGAAGAAAUGGCAUCUCAGAUUUACCAUAAAGCUUUUGGUUCUCGCCAUUCUAAUUUCUGUCUUUAACUGUAAGGAACAUUUACACCCAAAAGUACUAUUGGUCCUCUAUUGGCCUCUCGUCUACAUCUUGGUUGAGACCAUCUUAGCCGUGGUCGCAGCCAUGGCUGGAGCAAUGGUGGGACUUGAGCUCGAGCCACAUUUCAACGAGCCAUACCUCUCAACCUCACUCCUAGACUUUUGGGUCAAUAGAUGGAACCUCACGGUCAGCCGUAUCAUGCGCCUUGCAGUAUACGAGCCCACGCUCAGCUUAUGGGCCCCACUAGUGGGCCUCAAAUGGGCCCAAAUCCCUGCUGUCGUUGGCAGCUUCCUAGUCGUGGGCCUUGUUCACGAGCUCGUUUACUACUACGUGUGCCGUGUGCCUCCCACGUGGGAGGUCACGUGGUUCUUUGUCCUCCAUGGAACGGUUUUGACGGCCGAGAUUGGUUUGAAGAAGGCCUUUAUAACCGACACGUGGCGGUUGCCAAGGGUAGUCUCGGUGUCGUUGACCCUUGGGUUUGUGACGUUGACCGGCUAUUGGCUGUUCUUUCCACAGAUUAUUAGGUGCAACUUUGAUGCUUGGUUGAUGCAAGAGUAUGCUGCUUUGGGUGAGUUUUUGAGAAAUGUGAGUCAAAGAUUGAUGUUUUUCAGCUAA